CCAUCGAUAACAACAGAGUCUUGCCUAUCGACAUAUCGCUUGAUUUUACAGCAGCCAAUACUUUCACGUAAUUAAACACAAGGCGAAUGUAAAAGAAAUGUCGGUGGUAAAAAAAGGCAAGCGAGUUGGCGGCGUUUCGAAGGAUGCUACAUGGAAAAAGCUAGGGUUCCUGCCGGCUUUUAAAGAGGGCAAGGAUGGGGAGGCCAAGAAGUACAGGGCAUUGUGCAUCCAUUGCCGAAAGUGUCAAUCAAAUACCAGUAUAGACAGAUUGAUCAUUCAUAGGAAAUCCUGUACGAAGUUCCGUGAGGAUCUCACCGAGGAGCUGGGCACAAAGGCGGAAGAGGGCGGUGCUCCUGCAGAAUCCAAGCCAUCCACGGAGCCGGAACCCAGCACUGCGGCCUCGGAAACAACAGCAGUAACUCCCUCCAAUAUUGAGUUCUCCACAAGCAAUCUAUUAGAUAAACUACUGGAAGACGAUGAGAGCAGUGGACGCAAUCCGGAGUCCACCUUAGUGAGCUACCUAACCGACUUGGAUCAACUGGUGGCCCCGCUGCCAUCCGAUGCCAAUCGAUUGCAAAAGGAUCUCAUCAAGGCGGAAACGGAGUAUCUGGAGGCCAAAUCCGAGUACUUUACCAAAAUGAACGAAAUUGCCGAACUGAAACGCACCAUGACCAUGUUGGAGGCGAAAAAGACCCAACUGGAGAUCGUUAAGCUGAGAGCCGAGUGCGAGUAGCCUUAGUUUUUAACCUAAAACAGUUCAAAUUGAUUUUAAAAAAUAUAUAAAUUUGUAUAGCUAUCAUA